AUGCUGUCUUCUCUACCUUCCACGAUUUCCCGCCUAAAACCUGGCCCAAGAUACUCAUUUACUUACUCUCUAUCAUCUUCUCUCAAAAUCUUUAAAACGCAACAGACAAUCCCCAGAUGGUCACCUCUCUAUUCUCUAUCCACUCAUUCCACUUCAAAAAUUUUAACUUCCCUAAAACCCCAAUUCGAAAGUGUGGUUUCUAAAGACGAUUUGGUUGUUCUUGGCAUCGAAACUAGCUGUGAUGACACUGCAGCUGCUGUUGUGAGGGGCAAUGGUGAGAUUCUAAGCCAAGUUGUUUCUUCUCAGGGAGAUUUGCUUGCACAAUAUGGUGGUGUUGCUCCUAAAAUGGCAGAAGAAGCACACUCACAAGUUAUUGAUCAGGUUGUACAGGAAGCCCUUGAUAAAGCCAAUUUAACAGCAAGGAAUUUAUCUGCUGUUGCUGUUACAAUUGGUCCUGGUUUGAGCCUAUGCCUUCGUGUUGGUGUACGGAAAGCUCGUAAGAUUGCUGGUAGCUUCAAUGUACCAAUCGUUGGCAUCCACCACAUGGAGGCUCAUGCUCUAGUAGCCAGAUUAAGUGAACGUCAGUUGCAGUUUCCUUUCAUGGCCCUUCUUAUUUCAGGAGGACACAAUCUACUUAUUCUUGCUCAUGACCUUGGCCACUACAUACAGCUUGGGACCACAAUUGAUGAUGCAAUUGGUGAGGCUUAUGAUAAGACAGCAAAAUGGCUUGGUCUUGACAUGAGAACAGGUGGUGGACCAGCCCUAGAGGAACUUGCUCGAGAGGGUGAUGCAGAAUCAGUCAGAUUUUCAACUCCAAUGAAACAGCAUAGAGAUUGCAACUUCUCGUAUGCUGGUUUGAAGACCCAAGUGAGGCUGGCAAUUGAAUCCAAAAAUAUCAAUGCUGAAAUUCCCAUUUCUUCUGCAAGCAGCCAAGAUAGAAGGUCUCGAGCUGACAUUGCAGCUUCUUUUCAGCAAGUUGCAGUAUUGCAUUUAGAGGAAAGGUGUGACCGGGCAAUUGAAUGGGCAAGGAAGAUCGAGCCUUCAAUAAAGCAUUUGGUGGUCUCUGGAGGUGUUGCAUCCAAUCAGUAUGUCAGGGCUCGGCUUGAUCAUGUUGUGAAGAAGAACAGCCUUCAACUUGUAUGUCCUCCUCCCAAGCUUUGUACUGAUAAUGGUGCAAUGGUAGCUUGGACUGGCAUUGAGCACUUCUGUAUGGGUAGAUUUGAUCCUCCACCCCCUGCAGAUGAACCUGAAGAUUAUAUGUAUGAUCUGAGGCCGAGGUGGCCGCUAGGAGAGGAGUAUGCUGAAGGAAGAAGUGAAGCUCGCUCCUUGAGAACAGCUCGAAUUCAUCCGUCACUUACAUCUAUAAUUCAGGCAUCACUCCAGCAGCAAUGA